UUGGCACCAGCUGCUGUGGUUAGGUGUUUGAUUAGUCAAAAUUAAGCCCAGGUUUAGCACUACAUGGUAAGAGGACUGAUCAGUUUUUGUGGUACAGUCCUGGGGCAGUGCUUUUCCCUCUGUUCCAAUGGGGUGUAGAGAGAGCAGGGGCGUUAAUGGUUCACUCUAUUUUGGGCUCUUUUUGUUUUCUGCUUCACUUUGUCACUGUGCAACACUGACGAGGCUUAAGGCCCUGGAUGAACUAGGUGGAAACUCAACGGUCAGUCAAAGUCGGGGUAAAGAAGGUCGUCAGGAUCAUGGAGCACUUUUAUUUGUUCAAAAGCUGCUGCGAGGUCCUAAAUCCAAAAGUACCAAGACCACAAACAACACCAGGGACAUUGAAACAGAUUACCAGGCAGAUGUGGCCUGGGGGGAAGCUAAACAACCAGAUGGACAAUAUGGUGGUCUCGACCUGGAAGCAAUGGAACGACUCCUUAAGAUGGAACCAAAGGUUGAAUGUACGCUGGACUCCAUGACGCUUCAGGUUCAUGAUGCUGCUUCUACCCCUGGAUCUCUGCUUUUUGUGGACAGGGGAAGCCACUUGUCCCCUUUGCCCCUGUCCAAGUUACCUUCGAGCUGCGGUUACACCAUCAGCUCAACACAACGAGAUCUGGUCUUAGUCGCUCCCUAUGAUGGUUGCUUCGUCACUCUCCAGGAGGAUAAUUAUGUUCUCCCACUGCUUUGGUGGGGCAUACCAGUGAGAAUGUCGUGCCCUUUCAUGAGCUCGCUGUCACUGAAUCCGCCGAUGGUCACCUGCAAUACUGCGGGCAUGCUUGUAAAAAUGGAGUGGACCCUGCCCGUCUCCAAUAUUAAAGUUAAGUUGAACGAUAACUGGGAGCCACUAACGGUGGCCUCAAACAGAUGUGGCUUCAGCACAGUCGAACAUCCUGAAGGUGUGGUCAUCUCUGCUCAUUAUGCACCCUGCCUAGAGAAAAAGGAUGGAUUGUACACUCUGGAAGUAGCUGGAGAUGGAGAGGCAACAAUUUCCUGUCCAUCACAGUUACCAGCUCAGUCUGAAUUCACAGAAAACCUAGAAAAGGACCCUGAAUGGCAAAAUGAAACACCGAGCAUAGGUGUGUAUACACCCGCUUUUCCUCAUGAUCCCGAUCAAGCGGUUCUUCCUCAGAACUCAAAUAUGCUGAAUCAGCGGCCAGAGGAUACGGAUCGUCCUUUCCACCCGACCUUCUUUUACUCUGCAAGUCCAGUCAAUACACCUGCUGCACCCACAGUGAAUCCUAGACAUGCUUCAUCUCCAGUUGUCCAGACUGAUGCAGGAAGAAGAUGGCAACAUUUCUCCCCUUUUUAUUCUCAGCCACCUGCACCGUCACUAAUAACUAAACCACCAGCAGGUUAUUUUGACAAACAUUUGCUUCCCAGCCCAAUUAACCCACAGCCUAGUCUCCUUCAGGAACCUUAUGCAAGCCAGCCUGAGAGCCAAGACAAGAAACCCCCAUAUUCAUUUUCUUUUUACUCACAGCCUUCAGCAUCUGAAGGUCAUCCACCAUAUCACAAAUUACCUGAACAACCAGAGGAAGCAGAACCUGAAACACAGAACCAACUUUCCCACCUCUAUCACUUCUACCCCCAACCAAAGCCCGACGUACAGCCUGCUACAAACCCCUCCACUGUUCCUCAGCCACCACAGCCUGAAGCCCCUCAGCGCCAGGUACACCAACAAAUGUUCUUUUGCCCUGAAAAUCAGCUGGCCAGAAAUCCAAAUGCUGCUUUGGCAUCAGCAGCUGAAAGACUUUUGGGACAAGUGCACAAACUUUGUCAGCCAUCUGAGACACCAGCUGGAACAAACGAUGAAAAUCCAGUCCAAAGCACACCACCUCUUCUCAGACAUCCACAGGGCCAGAUGCAUCACCUACUUAACCAGUUCUACUACCCACAGCAGCUCCAGCUGCUACAGCCUGUAACAUUACCCUCUGCUACCUAUAUGCAGCAACAGGUUGCUGCUAAACCCAGUGACCAAACAUAUCCUGAAUCUGCAAUUUCACUAACUAUCAAUAGUGAUACAGCCCCGCAAGACCCUCAGCUCAGCUCUGAAUAUAUGGAGCCUGUGUACUUUCCUGUGUGCUCCUCCGGCUUGUCUAACUGCUGUCCACAAAUUACUUUUUAUCAGCAUCUCCAUAUUACUCCAGCUAGAGUUGGCAGUAAUGAUGUGCCUCACUUGUUUCCAGAUCUUUCAUUUCCACCUACAACUGCAUAUUUUGAGUUUGGCGUGGGUUCUGCAAGACUUUCUCAAAAGUCGACUGAAGCAGCAGCAGCAGCAACAACACAGUCCGCCUCAUCUUACACCUCUGUGCCCCUCUCACUGCACCCCUUUCCAGCUCAAAAUGUGGAGCAAUUAUAUUUACAGCCACCAGAUGGCAACCCUACUACACCGCGAGGAAAUCAUCCAAGUUGGACUGCAAAUCAUGAACCACUGAACCUCCUGAACCCCACAUCGACUUCACUGGAUGCCCACUGGCCGUAUCUACAUAGCCAACCCUCAGAUCACUACAAUGAUCCCUAUAAACCUCUGCCUUCAGGUUAUGACCCAGCAGGGCGAUAUCAGCUGAAUAACAUUAAGUCCCCAGUGCAGGUAAACAGUCAACUAUUGACUGGGAACUUGAACCGUCCAACGUUGCCUAAUUUUAUGUCUAACAACCAAAAUUCACAGCAGCAACACAAUAAAUCACCUGGAGAGGAAUUUGAUCAUUUUAUGGUUCCUUUUGAUAGGCUUCAGCAUGCUCCUGUAUCCACUUAUAACAACGCUGUGGUCCCAAACAACUCAAAACCAUUCAUAAGUGACUCAAACUCCAAACGUGAGCAGACUCUAAAUUUCUAUUCUGGGAAUUAUGUGCUGCUACAGCGUGAACCACCAGGCAGGGAGCCCAACAGUUUCAUGGAUUCCUCCGAGCUUUACAGAGAUCCGACUGUUGAUUUAAAUUUUAGGACCCAAAGUCUUGCAAAAGAGCAGAAUGGUAAACAUCAGACUCCUCUGAAUUUAAAGCCCCUGCAGGGAAAUGAACAACUCUCCAAGUGGCUUGAGGAAGGUAUUCCCACUCCCUCGCCUGGUAAUGCUAACCAUGAUGAUGGUGAUGAUUAUGAUAAUGAAAAUGAGGAUGAUGACGACGUUAACAAUUCCGGUUUGCCAUUCCUGUCUCCUACUACGGAUGGCCCUCCGCUUAUAUUUCCCCUCUACAAACCGCCUUUAGGUGCAGCACAGUUAAAGCUAAAAUCCCACGAAUCCUUUAAAGACUUCUCGACUCCUUUAGGCUCCAACAACAGGUUUCCACCCCAUAAUGCUCGAAAGACGUUUCAAGGACGGGGCUGAGAAGCUGAUCACUAAGCCGGUGGUACUGUGUAGCUGAGGCAGGUGUUGAACUCCUUAGCCUUGUUGUUUGGACUCGUACGAAUGUCUCUUGAACUCCUUCAGAUGAAGCAUUGAAAUUGGGAGUGUGAAAGCAGCAAUUUCUAGCAAUGUGAAUAAAUAGUGCAACUACC